AUGGCUCAAGACAUGAAGAAGGUUGAUAUCUUCAACGAACGGUCUUCCAGCAUCGACAAGAUUGAAGAUAUCACGACUGCGCGCGAACAUGCGGAUCAAAUCGCAAAUCUCUCUGGCAUCGAAGCUACAGCCGCUUCGAAGGCUGCUUGGCUAAUAUCCAUGACUGUUUCUCUCGGUGGCCUCCUUUUCGGUUACGAUACUGGCUACAUCUCUUCGGUGCUCGUUACUAUUGGCUCAUCUCUCGGCCACGAACUCACGUCCUCCGAGCAGGAGCUCGUCACAUCACUUACCUCUGGAGGUGCCCUCGUGGGAGCUGUCAUAGCUGGUAUGAUUGCCGACAAAUAUGGUCGCAAGCUGCCAAUCUUCUUGGCGUGCGGCGUCUUCGUUAUCGGCACCAUACUCCAGACGGCUGCGUAUCACCUCCCACAGUUCGCUGUAGGCCGCUUCGUCGUAGGCCUGGGUGUCGGCUCAGCGGCUAUGAUUGUUCCUCUGUACAUCUCAGAACUGGCGCCAGCCAAAUAUCGAGGCCGGAUGAUUGCCUUUAACAACAUGAGCGUCACCUUCGGCCAGUUUCUUGCGUCAUCCAUUGGUGCCGGCUUCGCACAAGUCGGAGGCGCCAACUCGCAAGCCUGGAGAGCAACAGUUGGCAUCGGUGCGGCACCCGCCAUCCUCCUUGCCGGUCUCCUGACUCUCUGCCCCGAGUCUCCCCGCCAACUAGUCGCACACGGGAACGUAGAUCAAGCCAGUAUUGUCCUUACGCGCAUCUACCCAACAUCGACCGAAGAGCAGCGACGCGCGAAAAUCAUGAGCAUUGAGAUGAGCAUCAACGAAGCCACACAGACUAUGGUGGAUGAUUCGGUGUUCAAGACUCUGGCCCGUAUCUUCACCACGGCAUCCACUUUCCGUGCUGUGUUUACAGCAUGCACGAUCAUGGCCAUUUCACAACUGUCGGGCUUCAACACACUCAUGUACUACUCAGCGACGCUCUUCAAGAUUGUAGGCUUCAACAACGCAACCGCUGUCGCCAUUACCGUUUCCGCCACGAACUUCAUCUUCUCGCUCGUCAACCUUGUCAUUGUCGACAAGUUCGGCCGCCGUCGCAUUCUCCUGAUAACAAUUCUGGGGAUGAGCGUCUGCCUGGUUAUCGCCGCUGUCAGCUUCUCUUACAUCCCGAUUGAUCUCCGCACAUUGGCUGUUCAGAGCGAAGAGAUUGGCUGGCCAGGUUAUGUCCUUAUUGCCACGAUCAUCAUCUUCGUUGGCUUCUACUCUAGUGGUGUGGCUACCGUGGCAUGGAUCGGGACCGAGCUGAUUCCUAUGGAGGUCAGAGCUGUUGGAACGAUGUUGAAUACGGUCACAUGCUGGAGUACCAACAUCAUCAUCGCCUCGACCUUCCUUUCCAUGAUGAAAGGCAUCACCCCAUCAGGGGCCUUCGGCUUCUACGCAGGCAUCUGCUUCGUCGGCUGGCUAUUCGUCAUCUUCUGCUUCCCUGAAGUCAAGGGGAUGCCACUUGAGGCCAUCCGCGAAGUGUUCGAACACGGAUUUGGCGUCAGAUAUGCGAGGAAGUGGCAGAAAGAGAACAGGGAGUUUGCCAAGAUCAAUGCAGGCAAUUCACAAGCCUUUGGUCACUAA